AUGUCUAUUGUCUACACCCUGGCUUAUGACCGGCACGUAGCCAUCUCCAACCCACUGCUCUACUCUGCUGCCAUGUCUAAGAACCUGUGUAUGGGGCUGGUGGCUGCUUCCUACCUCAGCAGCUUUGCUAACUCCACCCUCAUUACCAGCCGCACAUUUUCCCUCAGCUUUUGCUACGCCAAUGUCAUCGAUGACUUCUGCAAUGUGAAGCUCUCCUGCAACGUGACAGACAGCUACCAGGCAAUUCUGUAUUUCAUCCUGACUUCCAACGUCAUCCUCCUCUCCACGCUCAUCCUCACCUCCUACGCCUCCAUCCUGGCUGCUGUCUUGAAGAUUCAUUCGGCUGAGGGGCAGCACAAAACCUUCUCCACCUGUGCCGCCCAUGUCAUUGCCAUCACCCUCUACUACGGUUCCAUCCUCUUCAUUUAUGCCUGGACCAGCUCCACAUAUGUCCUUAGGAAGGAAAAGGUGGUCUUUGUGUUUUACAUAGUGAUGAUCCCCAUGCUGAACGCCUUCAUCUACAGCCUGAGGAAUCAGGAGGUGAAGGAGGCUCUGAAGAGACUGGUGAAGAGACAGACAGCUUCUUAA